AUAUAAUUCUGAAUUGUGCUAAUCUACAGAUAUUGAACAUGCCUCCACAACCGACAAUAGUGAACAAACUAAACGAACUGACGGUCGGGCAUGAUGUGAACGAACGGGCUACUUAAGUAUCUAAAGCUUUGACCUUCAAGAGAAAGAUAACUUCAAGAUCUUACUGAUCAUACAUGAAGCCCUGAGCAACCAGGUGAGCUUGAUGAAACUUUACCAUGGGCCUCAAGGUACAUCGUUCAAGCCACACCAAUGAAGCCAAGGAACUUUCUUACUUGGAUGGAGGAUGGGGAUGGGCGGUAUGCUUUGGUGCUUUCAUAGUUCACAUCGUAACCGUUGGACAACAGAAUAUUGCUGGUGUUAUCUAUUCGGAGUUGGUGGAUACGUUUAAUACGAGCAGAGCGGAGACAGCAUGGGUGACCUCACUUGCAUCUAGCGUUAUGUACCUCUUCGCUCCACUGGCCACCUUCCUCAGUGAUAAAUAUGGAUGCCGUAAAGUAGUAAUAUUUGCUGGAUUUUUAUCAGUAGUUUCAUUGGCUUCUUCGUCGCUUGCCAAGGACCUGCUUCCAAUGUAUUUUACUUAUGGCAUAGGGUGGGGAGUGGGGGCAAGUUUUGGAAUGUUUCCAUCUCUGGUGAUGCUCACCAAGUACUUCCGGCGGAGACUGUCUUUCGUAAAUGGAAUCACAUCAUCAGGCGCCGCUGUUGGUGCGUUAGCAUUAGCCCCUUUGGUGCAGCAACUUUCCUCCGCUUUUGGGACAUCCAACAUGUUUUGUUUUCUUGGAGGACUCAAUGCUCUUAUGAUAUUCUCGGGCUUACUGUAUAGACCCGUACAUGACGAGGAAAAGCUUCAAAAACUUACUUAUAAGAGAAAAUUUAUUGACAAGAGUCUGUUCCGGAAUAAAGGAUAUGUAAUAUGGAUGAUUGCCCUGUCUACAUUCAUGCUCGUGUUUAUGGUUCCUUUUGUACAUUUGGUUAAACUUACGGAAGAUUUAAAGAUUAGUAAAAGCAAAGCUUCUUUACUGGCAGGGUUCAUGGCUGCGGGGGGCCUGUUGGGCAGCCUUUUAUUCGGUAAACUAAGUGACCACAGAUAUUGUAAUCGAUUGUAUGUAUGCCAGUUUUCAAUUCUGUCCAUGGGCGUGGCCAGUACGUUGGUUACCAUAGCACGCUCAUAUAUAUGGCUAGCAGUGUUGGCCACUGGUUUCGGUGUGUUUGAUGGAUGCUACGAGCUGCUUGUGCCUGUCAUCACAAAAGACAUCGUUGGUAUCAAGAAAACACCUACCGCUAUUGGAAUGCUAUACUUCGUUAUGGCCAUUCCCAAGACCAUUGGACCUCCAGCUGCAGGCUGGAUUUUUGAUAUCUUUCAAAGUUACGAAACUGCUUUUUACGUGACUGGGAGCGUCAUGACAAUCGCCUCUUUGAUAAUGUUUCUAAUUCCUCAAGUACAAGACCAAGAAUCUAUAAGUGGGUCAUCUAGUGCUUCAGAUAUCAAACUGCUCAAAGGUUCAGAAGUGUCUGAAAACGGUUCCUCUCCUUCUUCGCAAAAAGUCGAUGAAAAAAGCAGACAAGGAAUAAAGAAAAAUACAAGGCUUAGUGUACUUGCCUGCUACAGCUUUCCAUUCAAAAGCAAUAACAUAUCCAGCAAAGAAUAUUACACAAUAACAGCACCAGAUGAGUUUUUAUUAGUAGCAGAAAAAGUUACGUGUGUAUGAAGCACGAGAUGAUACGAUAUAUACGCUUCGAAUGAGGGAUUUUUAUAUCAAUAUAACAGGUGCUAUUGAGUUCAGCUUGCUAUGAACAGCUUAUCCAAGAAAAGCAACAACAGUACAGCAUAAACGUAAAUUCGUAAUCGAAAUAUUUCCAAAGACAGCUAAAGUUAAAAUUAAACGUUACUAUUUAGUGGAACUUUUAGGGUUAUUUAUGAUACUUGGCAAGAUGUCGGGGAGACGGGGUUGACCUACAACAGGCUUAGGCCCCAUCCAAGGGAUAUUGUUUUGUAAUUUGCUUUAUCUUAGUGAAGCCAGGCUCCAAUGUCAAAUGGGAAAGUAAUAAUACUGAACCAGUCUGGUGUUAUUCUUAUUUAAAAUUCAUAGGCUUCGAAUGAUCAUUGACACAGCCACCUGCGGGAACGGACGAAUUAGUAUUAGCCAGAAGUUGAGAAAAAUACUUGGACGAAUUGGCAUUGCAGUGCAUUUUGGAACGGCUUAAGGGCACGGGCUGAAAUAGACCGCGCCAUCUUUGAAAUAUGUCCCCUCAGACAGCCCUGCAAUAUCAUUGAACUACUUCGACGAUACAGCGGCCAUCUUGCCAGGGGGCAAAACAAAACAAAGAUGACGGAAAAUAUAUAGAGUUUGGUGUAUUUGUCUCAGCAUCUUUUAUUGGCUGGUAAAGGUGUUCGAUAUUCUCUUGUCCUUUGCUAUUAAUCAAUCGAUGUUAUUACUGUAACAAAGCUUUAUUUGGACGCCCCAUAAUGCCUUGCGAUCCAAGAUGGCCACCGUAUCUUCGAAGUAGUCCAUUCAACCAAGUUUUUUCUCGACCGCGGAACGGCUAAUAGAACCGGCUGUUAUGCUCUCUGAGAAGAAACUAUUAGGGUAUCCGCAAUGUUCCAUCAGAUUUGUUUCAUCUUUUGUUACACAGGUAAUCAAGAUAUACCCUGAUUCUCGAAAUGCAAACCUAAUUCGAGUUGCGGGGGUUCUUAAGACCUGGUUCUACGCGACAAUUUUAGGCAUCAUUAUCACUCGAGGCUGCAAGGGCAAUGCUGCAGUUUUACCAAUAAACCAAUUUUAUAAUAUGGUUAACAAA